AUGCUGAUGUCAAACAAGCACGAGCCUCAAGGCGUUGAUAUCGGUUUGGGGUCACGGACUUCGUCCCUCAAGCUUAAGGCAUCCACCAGUUACUCGACUUUGAAGCAGAAACGCGUGCCGCCCUCCAGCGCUAAUGCGGAUAGCCAUAUGGCUGUUCCAGCCUUGCGCUCCAUGAGUGCUAUGAGAGGUCUCCUCCUGGCAGAAGUCGGGGACUCGAUGGUAGAGUUCGACGUGUACGGCAGGCCUGGGGAAUCCGGAUAUCGCGUUGGCCAGCGCAUAGCAACGGAGUCUCUCAUGCCUCCGGGAAGCUCGAAAUUUUCCUCACCACCCCGAAAGGUCCUUUCUGCCCCAGGUCCCAUAGUCGGAAGCAUGGCCAGCCUAACCACCAGCGCGACUCUUUUUGAUGUCACCCAAAGCGGCCCAGAAACCAAGGUCGUCCUUGGAAACUCGAAUUCCGGACUGGAACCCGGUGCAAUUGUCUACCCUCACCCGGCAUCACGCAACGCAGAUAGUAGCGGAGAUAUCGGCACCGAUUUCAAGCCCGUCAUGCUAGCAAAGGCAAGGUGGAAGUCGCGUGUAGAAGUGGACAUCAUACUCCAGAACCACACCUGCGUGCAAGGUAGCUACCUCAAAGGGACAGUCAAAAUUCACAUCAAAAAAGGCUCCAAGAAAGAUGCACCAUUGUUGUUUUCUCAGGGGAAAGUUAGGGUUGUUGGAUUUGAGUGCAUACCGCAGAAGGAUAACAAAUGCACGUUUUACAAAUACUCGGCGCUUCUAUCAGAAAUUGCUCCAUCGUGGAAAGGUCUCUUCAAAUCAUUACCCGAUGAUGAUGGCUGGGCUGAAGCUCAGGAGGGCGUCCACGUCUUUCCGUUCGCGAUGCUCCUCCCUUUAGAUAGCGGCUGCGGCAUGCCGAAAGGGGCGUUCAACAUAGACUCCGGAGUGGCGAUCAAAUACAUUGCUAUGGCCGAGAUCAAAGUCAAGGACUCAGUAACAUCCAAAGAAUCCAUUGCUCACUUCUACCGCGACUGUGAGAUAUGGCCACGUCUAGAUGUCAUCUCCACGCUCGCUACAAACUCCCGCCCACUAGUCGCAGAGGUUGCCGCUAGAGUGUUCAUGGGUGGCCCAGGAAAAAUCAGGUUGUCGGCUCGUAUCCACCGAUUUCAUUGGGUCGCUGGCCAAAGUUGCACCGUUCAUUUUCAAGUGGUCAAUGACUGCAAGAAAUUGGUAAAAAGCGCCACCAUUGCGCUGAUACGUACAUUAACCGUGUUCGAGCCAAAACCGCACUUGGAUGCAGGGGAUGCUGAUCCAGAUGCUUGUCAAACCUCAACGAAGGUAAAGUGGGUGACGGAAAGCGUCCUUGAGUUGGGACAGCGUUUCUCCAAGGGACAUGCGAGCGCAAAAGGGUGGUGGACAGGUGUCGCUCCCGGUCAGACGAGCGAGUUCAACCACUCUUUGAUAUUACCACCCGACGUUCACUCUAUUGCCCGAACGCGACUGCUGGAGGUUGAGUACGCACUUCGCAUAAGUGUAGGAAUUGGAAGAUGUUUCUCGGACGUACAUGUCAUCCUGCCAAUUCGAAUCGUCAACUUUCUUUCGCUUGACCCUCCACCUACGGCGCCACUCCACGCUCAAAGCAAGCAACGCCCCCUAAAAGACUUUACGACGCGCGAACCGUGGUACCGAAAGUCGCGUGCUACAAGCAGAGAUCUUGUAGAGACCGAUGAAACGGUCCCUGGUAUGAAGUAUGCCAGGGACAUAACAAUUGCGACAGAGCCAGAGAAUGUGUAUGAGGUGCCCGUCCCGAGUGAGGAACAGCAUGAAGGCCCGGACACAAGUGCAGAUUCGGCGUCUAUUUACCCACCUUCUCAGUCUGCGGAUACCAUCGAACACCGUGAACACCUUCUCCACCCCGUAUCGGAGGAAGAGAUCGAUCAAGAGCCGAAGACACCCAAUGGCAUUACGAACUUCGGCAGACAUAUAACAGCUUCAAGCAGUGCAAUAGAACCUCGUAUCCUUGCGCGUCCACGAGGGCCCCGUUCAACGCCGAUUCAGUUCCAACCUCAGGCCGAAGGCACACCCAAUAUGACGUUCCUUUCUCGUCGCAUUGAGGAGCGAAUGCAGAGUCCAGGCGCAAGCUGGGUAAUCGUCAAGCCAUUUACCGAUCGUCGAGCAGAUGCGAUCAAGACGCAGAAGUCACGUAUCCCGGACUUCGGGAGCUCAUCGAUGAUCCUUCCCAGACCACCUGCGAUAUUAGAUGAGCUUGCGAUACGUCCAACGGCAUCAACGUUGCUCCCAGGCAACCGAUAUGUGUGA